AUUCCACUUCCUGUGUUUGUUAUUGGCUGUCACUUAUUGGUCGUUCAGCUUUGGUCCUUGGGACGGCAUGGCUACAUGGGGGACUAGCUUCAGUUACACACUAGCCACUUACUUAAUUGGGAGCUGUUUAUUUAAAAAGGUAUUUGCUUCUCUUGACAUUCUCACCCUGAGUAAAUGUGUACUGGUUGGCCAGAUAACAGUUCUUAGAUGAUUAGACUUAGGUCAACUCUGAGGAGAUGCAGGUUCUAUUUUUGAGAUCUCCGUUUAUUUCAACAGAGACCAAAACAAACUAGAGCCCUCACGAGAGGUCAAACGGCGAUGAAAGGUCAGAGGUGACUCUCAACUCGGACACUUUCAGUGGCGAUUACAUUGGCCAAUCAGCAUCAAUUACAUGUCAGCUAACCUCCACUGACACAUAGAGACCUCAAGGUCACGUCAUCAAUUGAGAGUUAAAAUGCUUGCUGGACUGUUUAGUUUCCAGACUGGUUAAGAGACCACAGACUGGUUCAGAGACUACAUACUAGGGUUGAAACACAGUCUCAAACGGUCCCCUGAUGCAGCACAAUCUAUAGGUGAAUGCUUCAGAGGAGGAGGGUGUGUGGCAGAGAUGUCCGUCACAGCAGUGUAGUCACGGCGACAGAGUCGUUCGUCCAGCCUGUUCACAAGCCCUACAUCACCCUGUGUCAGGGCCACCGCUUCUGCAGCACCUACAAGACAGUGUACAGGGUGGCGUACCGUCAGGUGACCAGAGCGGCGCCAGUCUCACACUCUUACCCAGAAUGCUGCCCGGGCUGGCGACAACUCCACUCACACAACUGUAACCAAGCGGUGUGUGUCCAGUCUUGUGUGAAUGGAGGAACUUGUUUAAGACCCAACCACUGUGCCUGUCGUCUGGGCUGGAUAGGACGACACUGCCAAACAGAUGUGGAUGAGUGCAGUGAGCAGCAGCCCUGUUCUCAUCAGUGUGUGAACAUGGCAGGCAGCUACCGCUGUGUUUGUAGAGAGGGCUACAGGCUGGCAAGAGACAGCCACUCUUGUGAGAGCCUUCCUCCUCCUCCCGCCCCUCCCACCCGCCCCAGCCAGGCAGCAGCAAACGAUUACAGACCCCCCUCCAGUGAUACAGGUGGAGGGGUCACAGAGGAGGUACAGAGCCUGAAGAACAGAGUAGAGCUGCUAGAGCAGAAGCUCCAGUUGGUCCUAGCCCCCUUCACCAGUCUGUUCCCGAUGUCGCUGGACGAGGGCGUGUCUGAGAAGACCAGCUUCCUGUCUCACUCCUUCCAGCAGCUGGACCGCAUCGACUCGCUCAGCGAACAGAUCGGCUUCCUCGAGGAACGCCUCGGAACCUGUUCCUGCCAGGAAAAUUAGACACAGAACAUGACUGGAUGAAAACCAACCGGACUUCACACAAGUCUGAAUCCACAACACAAUAACAAUAGGAAUGGAAUGAUUGCCCCAGCCCAGGAAUAUGGUAGGAGGAAGAAUGUUAGCAGAACAUAGGCCUACUCAACGUUUGUGUAUUCAUGUUCCUAUACCAGCCCAAAGUUUUGCUCUUGAGAACCCAAGGCAUUAACAAGGCAUUCUGCCUUAUCCCAAGGGUUCUCAAUUUCUGGUUUCCGUGUUUUAGGUUCACAUCAGUGCAGCUGGUUCCACUGUCAGAGCCACCAUGGUGGGUCUCACAUGGACAUCUGUAUUUGUCUAUUUAAGUUAUAAUUCCUUGUGCUUAUCUAAUAGAGCUACAAUAGACAGUUGGCUUUUUUUCUUUUUUUUUUACAUAGCUUUGUAACUUUUUGUAAUAAAAUUGAUUAAUCAAAAAUGUCUAGUAGAGGAUUUAUUGUGUGAAUGUAGAGUUUAUGUGAAUCCACGUGGAAGAAAUAUAACUAUAUAGAUCGAGAUCUCAUUUUGACCACUCAACGAACACAUUC